AUGGAGACUCAGGAGACUCAGGAGAAUACCGACAUUGAAGAGGGCCGCAGUGCCUAUCGCGCUGGGGGCUUUCAUCCCGUUUAUAUUGGCGACAUCUUCAAUAGCCACUACAUUGUCUGCAACAAGCUUGGGUACGGCGUCUAUUCCACAGUUUGGUUGGUGCGAGAUAUCUGGUGCCAGAGCGGUCACGAACAUCAGUAUGUCGCUCUGAAGGUUUUAAGCGGAGAUUGCUAUUAUACAGAUAAGGACAUAUUUGAGCGAGAAAUUUUACGACACCUGCGUGACGGCAACUGCACAAAGUUAGGCUACCCGUUUAUCUGCCACCUACUUGAUGAUUUUGAAGUCGAGGGCCCAAAUGGGAGGCAUAUCUGCCUUGUGUUCCCGCUUAUGGGCGAAACCUUGCGUAGCUUUCCAGCUUGGUUUGAUGACGGUACCCUGCCGUACUACACUAUCCGACGAUUCACGAUUGAACUCGCCCUCGCUCUUGACUAUGCCCACGAACGGGGCGUUAUACAUACAGACAUUCAACCAAACAACAUUUUUAUCCGGAUUCGCGAUCGCACCCUACUAGAAGGCUACUUUCGCGACGAAGCGCCAACACGCCAGAACCGAGACUCCCCUUACACGCCGAUUCCCUCACGUCCAGUACGACGAUACUAUUUUAAGAGGGAUACCGAGAGCGAGAGCGGUACCUUGGACGGGUUCAGUGUUGUCCUAGGAGAUUGGGGGGUGGCGAGCUGGAAAGAUAAGCACUUGACCGAGAACAUUCAGCCCGUAGCGCUUCGAGCUCCCGAAGUUCUCCUCAAAGCGCCCUGGGACGAGGCGGUCGACUGGUGGAGUCUAGGCGCCGUCGUGUUAGAGGCCUACCGCGCCAUUCGCAUGUUUACAGGCUUUGUCAGACUGUCCGCAGAAGAUCCGGGCCGCUAUGACGUGCGGAUGCAUCUCGCCGAGAUGAUUGACUUCUUUGGGCCGAUGCCGCGUACGCUCCUCGAUAAAGGAGACGCGGAAUUUGUCAAGGAUACCUUCACUGCGGACGGAACGGUGAUUGCCUUCCCUCCGGACUAUGAGAGGCGGGACUUGGCUUCGGAAAAUAUACUACCGGGGAUGAAGAAGGGAGCUCGGGAGGAAUUUGCAUCGUUUCUACGCUUUGUGAUGAAACUGGAUCCCAGAGAGAGGCCAGACGUUAUGCAGGUUUUAAGACACCCUUGGCUAGACGCAAUACUAAACUAA